GACAUUGCUCUGCUGUCAGAUCUACCCAUGGGGAUGAAGGACCGUCUUAAAGCUCUGAUGAAGCCUACAUCCUUCCUCUCCAAUGGCCUCUGGAGUUCAUCAAUGGGAAGCCCUGCCCUUCUGGCUGCUCCAAUCAUCAUAUCAUACUUCAUCUUAUGCCAAGCGAACCCCCGUGACACAACCCUUCCGGGUAAGCUAGCCGGCGCGCGACAGCGACAACCCAGACACGACUUCCCUAUCCACCACCACGACCCACCACCGCCAUCGCCACCACAAUGUUCUCCUCCUCCAUCCCGCCAGAAGUAUUCCACACUCUCCCGACUCUUGCUGGUACCGAGAUCUCCCCAUCGGGAUACCCAAUUCCGACAGUAACCUUCAUUUGCGCCUCGUGCGAACGGAUAAUCGGCGACUCCUCCACGCUCCUCUUCCUCCACCACAAGCAGCUCACUCUCACAUUCACCCGCCUCACUUCUGUCUCCGCCAGCCUGCCGAUACAAUUCUCUCCGCCGGGGGAAUGGGACGAAAACUGUACCUUCCACCCGCUCUCUUGCGACAAAUGCCACACCAUCCUCGGCAAGAAGCACCUCGCAACCACAUCAGAGCUCGGACAGUUCCAGAACCAGUAUACAGUCGAUACCGAAAAGGUGGGAAUAUACUACCAUGGCGCAUUGGAGCCCGCUGCGCAACCAGUAGAGCUUGCGGGGGUGCUGAGGGUGUUGCAUCCGGAUCCGGAUGAGGUUGUCGAGCAGAUGCAGAGCAUCAUGAGUGUGUGUGUAGGGCUGAGCGAGAAUGUGGGGGAGUUGGCGAGGAUGCUAAAAAGGGUUGCUGCGGUGGCGGGGCUGGGGGUCGGGGAGACCGUGGCAAGAUUAGCGGGUGAGGCAGAGGCGGAGCUGCCGGUUGUUGAGAAGGAUGCUCUGGGAGAGACAAUAAGGGCAUUGCUGAGUAGGGUCGACGGUAUUGAGGAGACGGUAGAGACGCUGAAGCAGGAUGCCACAAUAUUUGAGCGCGCCGGGAAGUCUUCCAGUGCUAAACGCAAACGCCAUGUUCUUCCCGAAACCGCACACUACGUCUCGGAGUCGCCACGAUCUGCCGAGGAUUCAAUGCAGCGCACGGUCAUACCAAACUCGCAGUCCACCGACGAGAACCCCCCAUUCCAACACCCAACCGAGCUCGAGCAUGAAUCGGACUUCCAGGAGAUAGAGCAUCUUCCCACCCCGCCGGAGUCGAGGCGGACGUACCUCGAUGAAUCGCAGCCCAAAAAGAGCCAUAAGAAGAAGAAGCCGAAGGAAGAUAAUGGCUACGAGAUGCCAGAUUUAGAGGAGGACAUCAAGCCAGUCAAGAGGAAGGUUAGGAGUGGGGAAUUUGAUGGCUCAACCAAAAGGCCGGCUACAAGAGGGACGAGGAAGAAAUGAAGGCGGAUAUUUCAAUCUGUCCUUGAACUAUUAUGUGGAGUUCGGAGUCUUGUCUUCUUGCGUUGUUCUAUAUGAGAUAUCAAUG